AUGAUUCUGGCGCCGCUCACGCGCGCCAACCACGUGCCCUUCCGCGAACUCACCGUCAAGUACGGCGCCGAAGCCACCAUGUCCGAGAUGGCCUUCGCCCGCAACCUCACCGCGCGGCGGCCGAACCUGGUGGAGCUUUCGCGUCUCCGCCGCUCCGCCGCCGAGCCCCUGUACGGCGUGCAGGUCGCCACGAAGCAGAUCGACGAGUGCGUCCGCGCGGGCCUGCUCGCGGCGGAGGCGGGCGCGUCGUGGCUGGACCUCAACUGCGGCUGCCCGAUCCACGAAGCGACGCGGCGCGGCCUCGGCGCAACGCUGCUGCGGAAGCCGAAGAAGCUCGCGCGGCUCGUGCGCGAGACCGCGGCCGCCAUCCCCAUCCCGAUGACGGUCAAGAUCCGCACCGGAGAGAAGGAAAAGAAGAUCAAUGUGCUGGAGGUAGUCGAGGCGCUGCAGGACACUGGGAUCGCGGCGGUGUCGAUCCACGGGCGCACGAAGGAGGCGCGGUACACCCGCGCGGCGCGCUGGGACUUGAUCCGCGACGCGGUGGCGGCGUCGCAGGUGCCGGUGGUGGGCAACGGCGACGUGCUGACGCACUACGAGGCGCGCGACAAGCUGCGGGCGUCCGGGGCGCACGCGGUCAUGGUCGGCCGCGGGGCGCUGAUCAAGCCGUGGAUAUUCCAGGAGUUCAAGGAGAACCGAGUGAUGCUGCCGACGACGCGCGAACGCAUCGGAAUCUACAUGGAGCUCGUCGACCUCAUGAAGACGUACUUCGGGGACGACGCGCGAGGAAGGAGCAAGGCGUGGUACUUUUUCCCGUGGCACUUCAGCUUCCUGUGUCGGUACCGCCCCAUGCCGGAGGACAUGUUCCUGGAGGCGUCCCGCGAACACCCGCUGAUCAACAGCCGCUUCGACGUGGCGGUGGCGGGGCUCGAGGGGCACCCGGACGGCCGCGACCUCCCCCCGCUGGAAAGGCUGCUGCGGUGCCAGUACGACGACGCGCACGAAGCCCUUGCGUCCAUCCUUUGGGACGAGGGGCCCGACGAGGGCGCGGUGCUGGCAGCGCUGCAGCGCGCCGCGGACACGGACCUGCCAGGGUGGGACGCGGCGCGCAGGGGGGUCGCGGAGGAGGAGGCGCGCGCGGAGCGCGAGCGCGCUGAGCGGCGCACAGCUCGGUCUGGCGGAGACGGCGAGGGGGGGGACUCCGAGGAGGAAGAAGAGCCCGACGCACUCGUCCUUGGGUGA